ACGUAUCGCAGAGCAGUAGGGGACGGGUAGUGCCGUUGGUUCAACGCAUGCAUACGGUACUGCUUGGACCCAUUCAAGUUUAACUUUUUUCCCCAAAACUGUCACGCAUGCAGUCUCGCGAUCGCGGGCGUGCGGAUCGGCUACCACGCGUGUGCCUCUGACCGCGAUUUGCAAGUGAUUUUUCACAAACACCGAAGAAAGUAGAAAUAUCGUUUACCAAACGAAAUAAAAAACAAAACAAAGUAUUCUUACAAGCAGCGGGUACAUAAAGUGUGUUUUACUCAUUUUAUCGUGGAUAAUGUGCUUCAAUUUCAAUUAAGAAUGUGUUUUGUUUUACCAUAAAACAACUUUACCUACGAAUUAGGAAUUCUGGACUUAUUCUCUGUUUCUUCGGUCGAAUCGGAUUAUUUUAAAUAUAAAUUCAAAGUUAAGCACCGAUUUUAACCCGUUAUCUACAUAAACAACGACAAUCGACCACGAUUAAAUUCGGUGAGAAGAUACGUAUUAUUUUGAAAUGGAGGCAGUUUGUGGUCAAAGUGAUAGAAGCUGUGAGAUGCGAGCAUUGAAUGCCGCACUACAUUCACUGCACCUGUACUGCGCUACAAUCACUGCGGGAUUAAUGUACUGUUGUUCCACCACGCACAAACAUUACAGAUAUAAGAAGAACUGGAGAGCUCAAAAUGUACGAGGAGUGGCCAGUCUUGCUCUGUUUGGUAUCUGGUGCUGUGGGGCAGCGGCGGCACUUCUACGUCGCACGGAUACUGUACGAUUAGUCUCGGCCCUCAUGGCACCUCUUGCCUGGAUCGCAGCGGCCUGCUUCCACGUCGCGCUAUGGAAUAGACAAUCCUCAGCGCCUAUAUUGUACUUGGCGAUAUAUUGGUCACUCUCAGCCGUAUCAGCCGCUUCCAUUCUUUGGCAGCACAUCCGUGUCGGCGCUGAAGUCAACCAUAUAGAAUUAUAUAUUCAAGGUGCCUCAUUGCUGCUUUCUUUAACGAUAUCCGCCGUAGACUGCGCGUGCUUUUACGAAGUGGUAACAAAACAUUUUAGUCAUCGCGACAAGACGACGAACAGCUCAAGCAAGGUCUCUUACAAACACAAUAGCUCUCAUUUUUAUUCCAAAAUCUCGUUUUAUUGGAUAAACGGUCUGUUAUACAAAGGGUAUGAAUCUCCAUUAGAGAUGGAGGAUUUAGGAGAAUUACCAGAUAAAGAAAAAUCAGUCAAAUAUUACAAAAAAUUCCACAGCAUUUAUAAAAGCGUUGAGAAAACAAAGUAUGACGGUGGCCCUAGUAUAUGGACAUGUUACCUAUGUAGAGUGUGGCCAAAUUUUUACAUUGGUGGUAUUUUAAAACUUUUAGGUGACUUAAUAGGUUUAGUUCCACCAUUGGGGCUGGCUUUCAUAAUUCAGUUUAUUGAAAGUCCGAUUAGUAACGAACGUAACAGUAACGAAGCACAUGUAACUUUAAGAGAAUUUAUCGGUAAUGGCUACGUCAUGUUAUUAGUAAUUACUUUGGCUUUGAUUUAUCAGGCCUUACUCUCUCAAAAUUCGACGCAUUUAGUAACAGUGGAAGGUGCCAGAUUAAAGACUGCUUUACAAGCUAUGAUUUAUGACAAAUGUAUGCGUAUAGCAUCUUGGACGCCAUCGGAGUCAAAUUUAGACGAAGAUUCCCCUUUGCUGAUGAAUUCGGACGAUGAGAGCAAUACGCGAUCUGGUCUCAUAACGAAUUUAGUUUCACAAGACACAUACAAUAUUAUGUCUUGCGUUUGGAUUUGUCAUUACAUAUGGGCUAUACCACUUAAGGUGGCUGUGAUACUAUAUCUAUUGUAUAUGAAAUUAGGCGUAAGCGCAAUUAUCGGAGCAGUAGCAAGCGUGUUAGUGAUCACACCCUUGCAAUUUCUUGUAGGAAAGAAACUUUCAGAUAACUCUAAGGAUAUAUCUAAAUGUACGGAUCACAGAAUUUCCAAAAUGACCGAAAUACUGCAAGGAAUAACUGUAAUUAAACUCUACGUAUGGGAAGAUUUGUUUAAAGAAAAAAUAUUACAACUUAGAGAAGUCGAACUGAAACUGCUAAAUAAAGAUUCAUUAUACUGGAGUUUUUUGACUUUUUCGACACAAGUCUCUACAAUCUUAAUCACAGUUAUUACAUUCACUGUAUAUUUUUUCAUAGAAGAAGGAACCGGCUUAACCGCGAUGAACGUAUUCGCUGGCUUAGCCUUCUUUAAUCAGCUUUCCGUUCCAUUGCUUAUUUUGCCAGUCACUGUCCUCAUGAUAAUUCAAGCUAUGGUGAGCACAAGACGAAUCAAAGAUUUUUUGGAUCUUCCCGAAUCGAACAAUGUAGGAAACGAAUUUACUGACUAUGAAGAGUUAUCGAACAAACCUAAUGUCCCUUGUAAUGACAAUACACAUCAGAAUGACGAGCCAUCUCACGAUUUAAUGGCCAAUAAAGAUGAGAUGUGUGAAAUUGAGUUUGCUGAGCGAUUAUCAAAUGAGUCACACGUUAAUAAAUCGGAAUUCUCUCAAUUGGUCACAUUUCGAAAUGCGGCGUUCACGUGGGGUGUGAAAGAUGAUCUACUGGAAGUUGGCGAUCUUGAAAUUCCAUCAGGGAAACUAAUUAUGGUUGUCGGAGGCACAAGUGCUGGAAAAUCGUCAUUCUUGUCUGCUUUAAUUGGAGAAAUGUAUCUUGAGAGAGGAGAUGUGUUAUAUAAUCGAAACAGUUCGAAGUGGUAUGCCGGUCAGCCUCCGUGGUUGCUAGAGGCUUCAGUUCGCGAUAACAUAAUAAUGGGUCAUUCUUGGUGUCAGAAAAAUUAUGCACGUGUUCUACGCGCCACAGGUCUGCGGCCAGACUUACAACUUUUACCAGAAGGCGACGCAACCCGCCUGGGCAGCCACGGUACUCCCUUAUCCGGCGGUCAACGCAUUCGCGUGAGCAUUGCUCGAGCAUUAUACUCCAAGGCACAACUGCUGGCUUUAGACGAGCCGUUGGCUGCGCUCGACGCUGCACUCGCCCGGCAUGUGGUAGCGCGAGGACUGGUGCCGGCUGUCCGCGCAGGACGAACCAUUGUCCUCGCAACUAACAGACUGGAACUACUUCACUAUGCUGACUUGAUUAUCGCAAUGGAUAAUGGACGUGUGAGCGGAUACGGUCGAGUGUCCAGCGCCAGUAACGACAGCUACCUAUCGCGCUGGGUGCAGCUUGCAAGCGAAGCUCGUGCAGCUGCAGCGCGAGGAUGUGCUGGUCCUCCUGACGGAACUGCACGGGAACGGGCGCGGCUCGUACGAGUGCUCAGCCGGGCUAAAUUCCAAAGAUGCGCAUCAGAGGAUACUGCAAUCGGCAUAACAGAGGCAGCAGGGGCGCAUUUGUUAGCAGAGGUACCGAUGUACACUGGCGGUAGUUGGCGUAGAGUAGUGCAGCAACAGAGACCGCCCCUCAUGAGGCAGUUCUCAUCACCGCCACCAUCAUCUAUAUGGCGUCGUGAAAUACGUCGUACAGUCAGUGCGGAUGAAUCAAACACUACACUACAACGAGAAGUCAGUCUUCUUCGACGCUGGCUACGACCACAAGGAAACCGAACUCUUAGAAGAUGGACCCCGAGAAAUCUAAGACGCUUAAUCAGUUCAGAAUCCGAUACACCUGCGCCGGACACUAAUGGAAUUAAUGAAGAAUCCUUAGUGGAGACCACUUACAGCACAGUUAGCAUAAACGGAGGGGAUACAAAUGUCGGAAUGAUUAAUGACGAGUCUUCACUAGAUAAGAGUCAAUCUUGGAAUGACGUCAGUGAGUGCAAGAUAUGGCUAGAGUAUGGUCUCGCGUGCGGUUGGUGGGGUAUCGCCUUCUGGAUGGCAGCAGCCACGGCGCAAGGCUUAGCGCUGGCAGCCGACUACUGGUUGAUGUGCCUCACUAAUGACAAUUCCACAGAGAAGUUUUCUGAUGAUCAGUUGUGGAGCAGUGUCCGCAAGUACGGGUUGUGGUGCGCUGCGGGGGCGGGGGCGGCGGGCGCGGCGCAGGCGGCGUGCGCAUGCGCGGGGGCAGGAGCGCGGCGAGUGCUGCAUGAGCGCCUGCUGCACGCCGCGCUCUACGCCAGCCCCCACCACCACCACACUACGCCCACCGGGACCACGCUCCAUCGCUUCUCCGCUGACGUUCUAUUGCUAGACAAAAAAUUACCGACAGCCAUAAGUCGGUGGACUCAGUUAGCUCUGCUAUGUGCUGCGGCUAUGCUUGUCAAUGCUGUAGUCGCGCCCUGGAGCCUGACAGCACUCAUACCGGCAUUCUUGUGUUACCUCUGCCUACAAUCUGUUUAUUUACGUAAUUCCAGGGAGUUGCAGCAAGUGGAAGGACAAAGCGCCGGAAGAGUGGUGUCUCUUUGCAGAGAGACGUGUGCUGGAGGUUCUACCAUACGAGCCAGCCGACUACAGACCCGCAUGCGGACAGACUUCCUUCGACGUCUCGACUAUAAUCACAACGCUCUGCUGCUCCUCAAUACUGCUAACCGGUGGCUUGGAUUGUCUCUGGAUCUUGUUGGCGCUGCGAGUGUUUGCGUGUCCCUGUGCGUGUGUAUGUACAGCGGCAGUAGAGGCGCGGUCGCGGGACUAGCGGGCGCGUACUCGCUGCUCCUGCCCGCCUAUCUCGCUCAUCUUGCCAAAUGCCGCGCCGACCUCGACCAGCAACUCGCCGCGCUGCAUCGUAUACAUCGUGACACCAAUGUACCCCGCGAAGAUUAUAGAGAGCAUUGCUCUAUUCCUGCAAAUUGGCAAAGAAGCGGAAAAAUUGAAUUUCAAAAUGUCAGCGUGCAGCACGAACCUAACUCGCAGAAUAUUUUGAACAAAAUCAAUAUAUCUAUAGCUCCCGGUGAGAAGGUAGCAAUAUGCGGCAGGAGUGGUAGCGGCAAGUCUACGUUAUUAAUGACGUGUGUUGGAGCAACCAGUAUUGCCGAAGGACGAGUACUCAUCGACGGGCAGGACGUGUCGCGCGUGCCGCUGCGGGCGUUACGUCACCGCGUGGUCGUCCUGCCGCAAGAGCCUGCCAUGUUCUCGGGCACGCUGCGAGAAAACCUCGACCCGCUCGCCGUGCACACCGACGAAGAAAUAUGGCACAGUCUCAAAGUUGUCGGAUUAUAUGAUUUCGUCAGUGCUCAAUCGGCUGGUUUGGAGUGCAGUAUAGCGGGGCGCGGCGGGUGGAGCGCGGGACGGGCGGCGCGCGCGUGUGCGGCCCGCGCGGCGCUGCACGCCCGUUUAGCGGCCGCACUGUUGCUGGACGAGCCCGCCGCCGCACUCGACGCCGCAGCCGAGCGAGCACUUCUCACCGCAAUGGCGCGCAUCGCACCCGACACCACCAUCAUCACCGUCGCACAUCGCAUAUCGUCAGUGCGCGGGUACGACCGCGCCGUCGUUUUGGAGGAGGGUCGCGUGGUGGAGCAGGGCGAGGUGGGCCCGCUGCUGUCGCGGCCGGUCUCACGCCUCGCCCGCAUGCUCGCCGCCGCGCACACGCACGUCUGACAACACACAACUCCCGGACCAAUUUAAAUUUAUUGAACAACAAUUUUUUUGUUCGCAACCUUACGCAUCUAUACCCACAUAAUCCAUAGUUUAAUACUACAAAUGCGAAAGUUUCUUUGUUUGUUACGUUUUGAGGUCUUAACUAUUUUUAUCUCAUGUUUUUGAGUUUGCCGGUACAAUUGGAAAAUAAUUAUAUUCCAUUUCUCAUUAGUUAUGUAUUAUUAAGAUGAGUUUAAAUGAAAAUAAAUCAACAUUUUGUAUUUGCGCACACAGAAAGACAUUUCAAGAGUUUUUCAGUUACGAUUGUUCGAUGCGAAUGAGUAUGGCUCAGUAAUUAUGAACUUAAACUAACAUUGAACGGCAGAUAACAAAGACAACUUGCGCCAUUUUUUUUUAUCAAGAACACAGAUUGGUUGUCACGGAUAUUCAUAUUAAAGAAUAUUCUGGAAUCUGAAUAUACUCGCACGCUCUCAUUCGUAAAAUAGUCAUUAUGUUCACAGAAUUGUCAAUGUUGAGUUUUCAGGAUUUUAAUCCAUAACAAAAAAAAAGGUAUAAUAUAGAGUUCGCUACAGACCGUCGUAGACUAUGUGACAUUAACGUAUAGAAACACGUUGACGCUUGCGACUGAGACAAAGAAAUUGCUACUUUUCUAUUAAUUCCCUAGUAUAAAUUUUCAUAAUGUGAGGUAAAUCAUUUUUUUAAAGCCCAAACGCCAACCCUAGCACGUAGUCCUUUUGUCAAUAAAACUGAAACAUUUGGUACAACAGUGUUACCAGGUCACAAAUGUCAUUGCAUGACACAUUUCGAGCAUGCACUUUUUUCUAACUCAAUAUGCAUCUAAUAAAAUCUAUCAUAAUAUUAUAUUUAGUAAUAAAUGAUGUAAGUCGUUUUCACUUCACUUGCGCUAAGAAAAAAGUAAAAUUUAACCCUCAUUGCAGCUUUAGUUGACAAGCUCCUUCUAUGUUAAGAGGUAUUAGAUAAUUUGACAUUAUUAGCUUUACUGAAGUUAUCAUUCUAGACCAGUUAUUCUCAAAAAUUGACGGCACCCAAAAAAAAAAACGAUUAAAAGCCGUUUAUGUAGUUACCUAUAGUACAAUUUAAAAUAGUUUAUUCUAAUAAUUUUGGUGCGGCCCAGUUGUUGAGAAUCAUUCAAUCACAAAAAAAGUACGAAUAGAAAUUCAACAGUAGACUGCAGUCAAACAUGUUCAUAAGAAUUAUACACAAAGUUGUGGGAGAAUUAUUACGACGAGACUGAGAUAAUCAAUGUUGAUAAAUAUUUCUACUUAUUUAUGUACUUAAUAAAGUUUUGACCAUGAAAAUAAUAAAAAUAUAAAAAACAAUUUUUCGUGUUUUUUUUUUUUCAAAACUGUAUUUCCCAUAGAACAACAAUUGCACAUAACUCAUUUAAAGCUCACACGAACGCGCAGAGGAGCGUCGUCAAACACAACGUGCUACCAGAAUCAACGAUAAAACGUAAAAUUAUAUAUCACUACAUAACAAAUUACAACAAUAUUUACGUUGGCACCAAUUUAUAUAUAUGUUGUUUUUAAAAAAAAACACUUGUGUCUUCGCACAAUAUAAAAAUAUAUCCUUAAAGUACGUACUUACACGUAGAUAUACUUAGAUUACGUAAAUUUAAAAUACAAAUCUCGAUAUGACCACAAAGUAAAUUCAUUUCGCUUACGAUCUACAAAUUGAAUUUCAAGUAUUCGGACAGGACGGGCUGAAGUUAAUGAUGAACUUUCUGCUUUAAUCUUUGGUUGACUAACUUUACAGAAGCUUUGUUGGUAUAAACUAUAUUUUAGGUACGUCAAAGGCACUUUUUAAGGCCACAAAUUUGUAUUCAAAGUGAUGUGUUGUUCCGCACAAUAAAUGCGUGCAAUAUCCAACUACUAAAAAUAUACUUGAAUCUAUCUCGUGUACAUUUGAGUAAUCGUACGAUAAUAAUUUUUUUUUCAAUUUUAUCUUGGUGUUUUCAAAUUUUCACGACUCAAUGAAAACUACUAAAAUAUGUAUAUUAAAUAAACACCGCAGGCACGUCGGCGAUCAGACUGAUUUUUUAAUUUUUUUUUUAAUUACAAACUAAGGUAACAUUUACGCAAUAAAACAAAUCGAAAAUAAAUCUAAUGUAACGUUUUUAUCAGCUGAUCGCCGUGUGUGGAGCGAAGGCGGACCGGAACUGAGUAAGAAUCUUACAAAUUGACAAAGAGAAUUAAUUAAAAAACAACAAUACAAUUUUUUUCGGCACGAUAAUUGUAAUUCGGUAAAAGCGCAAGAAGCCCCAACAGUAUUUAAGUUUGAAACGUUUUUAAUUCAAAAUGUCACUUGUUAAAG